ACACUACGGGACAAUUAAUGAGGUGUGUGUACUGAGCACAAUAGGAGGAAGACUGCUAGGUUGUGUACUAGCUUUGGACUACAGGAGAACAGGUCAAGGUUCUUAUUAAAUACCUGGAUGGUUUCGGUGAACCUAUCUACACUGCUUAGAUGGCAAAAGUCUUGAUGGUAGUAAAUGAGAUGUAUUUGUUUAAUAAAAAUGUGAAGUUGUUAUCUGAUCAACCCAGUAAGUAACUAUGACGUAUAACACGCAACAUCGGACCCGGACUGUACGUUUCUCGUCUUGGGGACUUGUUACAAAAUGGUAAGUUGAUAUUGUCCUCGUUUUAAGUCACUGUACCUGUUCCAAACUAUAUCCGAGCUACUGUUUGAUUCAUUAGGAGCCAAAGUGUUGAUCUAGAAACUUUGAAUGUAAAUAUUUACAAUAUUGUUAUUGAGAGGCACAGUGCCAUUAGUUAAAGGGAGUAGAGUCAGUUAUAAAUAACAUUAUUCUCUCUUUGUUAUUGGUCUUAAAUAAAAUUGACUUAGGCCAAGAAUAUUAUAUACGAAAACACGAUUAACAAAAACUAAAGCUUUUUCCCAACUACAAACCCCCCCCCCCCCAUUCCGCAAAAAAACAACAACAAACAAACAAAUUAAUUUAAAACAAAUUGAUAGCCUAUAUAUUUGAGUAACAUCACCUUUUUUGUGUGCUAAUGUAACCAUUUCUACUAUAUCUAAAUGGUACAUUUGUUAACCUGAUUUCACUUUUUCUGGAAAAUAAUUAUUGCGAAAGCUUUUCUUAUGUUCAAUGCUAGAUUUAUUCGUUAGUUACCGACGACGUCAUCCUAUUCUACAUAUAUAUCAAAUCAUAAAAUUAAAAAAAUAGCUUUAUUUACUUUAUUUCACAUCCAACAAAGAAAACAUGAGUUGUAUUAACUCAUGCAAGUGCCUGAAGUCGCAGUGAUGUAUGAAGUAGGCCUUUAACUUUGAGAUUUACAUUAUCCACGACCAUUAAAAUCCUAUUGAUUAAGUGUUAAAUUUUAAUAUAUUCUCACAGGUCACUGAUAAUUUGUAUCACAAUAGCCCUGGUUUAUUUAAUGCCAGCUUUGCUCAACACUUCUACGAAUGAUCUCCCAUCGCUCGGGGCACCCUGGCGCCUGAAGAUGUCACUCAUCCACGAAAAAGUCCCAACACUGCAUGUCUACUACUUGAAGAACCACAAAACGGCUAGUACGACAGUCUUCUCCAUUCUGGCAGAAUACUGCAGGGCCAACGAACUGACGCCCCUGCUUCCCGUCGGCGCGCACAUCAACCAGCGACCCCCUUUACACCCGAAGCAGUUGAGGCUCGAUCCCAAAAUACAAUUUUACGACAUGGUCUACCAUCAUCACGUUUACAGUGAUCAAAUUUUCCGCUUCCUCCACAACGACACCUUUAAAUUCACAACUUUGCGAGAACCUUUCAGGCAUUUUGUCUCGUCGUUCACUUACUUCCGGAAGUUUAAUAUGAACUACUUGACCCAAAUAAACUCAACGACGCCGCUGAAGACCUUCCUGGAAAAUCCCAAGAAGUACGAAACCAGAGGUUACUCUUCUUACACGAACAACCGCCAAUCCAUGGAUCUGGGAUACAACUUAUCCCACCCGUUCGAUGACACAAGCUACAUUGCCUAUUUCAUACAGCAGACAGAAAAACGAUUUGACUUAAUUUUAAUCACAGAGUAUUUCAACGAAUCGCUCGUAUUGCUUAAACGAAAGUUGAACUGGAAGACGGGAGAUAUUCUGUAUUACAAAAAGCAAGAAUGCAAAGAAUCAACGGAAGCUGUCGCGUUGGCAACACAACUGGAAAAAGAACAGCACAAGUCUUUCUCCACCGCUGACAUCGGACUAUACACAUAUUUCCUCGGUGUUUUCAAAGGCCUAGUUUCGAAAGAGGUCGACUUACAAGGCGAAGUUGAGGAAUUUCAGGCAGUACUUGAGAAAGUGUAUGACUUUUGUGACCGAGUUGAUUCGCCGGACAGUCGACUCGUUGUACCAGUCGGCAGAUGGUCCGAUCAAGUGGAUCUGUUUCAUUCGAAAUGUAAAUGGCUGAAGUUGGAUGAGAUUAGAUUCACACAACAUUUUCAGAGAAAACAGAUUCGUGGCUGAUGAUGUGAAAGUCUGGUUUUUUGGCUUCUGUAUAGGAAGAAAAAACUUCACAACUUUUAAGGCAGUUUGUUUAAUAAAUAAUUUAAGGAGUGUUUCAUGGCAUUAAAUUAUGUAAUUAUGUGCGCUUAUGCAAUGAGUUUGCUUAUGUAAUGAGUGCACUUAUGUAAUCAAUAUUCCAGGGGAGAAAUGUUUAAAAAAUCCAAUUAUCUCUCUCUGUCAUUUUAUAUAAUAAAAAACAAUGACUAUGUACUCAAAUAUGAUGUUUAUUUGGCAUACGCAAUGUUUGGUUAUUUUACAGUUGUGUCGAACUAAUUUGGAAGCCAGGAUCUGCUCUAAUUAACAUCACAGCGGUCGAUAUGCAUAACCAUUGUAAGUUAAUAAGUAUUAAUUCUACUCUUGUACCUUUCUAUUUAUUAAAAAUCCGUUUUACCCAAAUCUUGCAGCUGUUUUAUGUACUCUUUGUAACACAAUAUUAUCAUUCUUGGCAGCCAGGAGUUUCAUGUUGACACGAAAACUUAAGAAGCGAGAUGGGGUGACACACCUAUAGAUA